UAAAACCCCUUAAACGAAGAGUGUUUUCCUGCAAUGACAAAGCGUGGAGAAAUUAAAAUGAUUGAAAUAAGAUGUACUUUUCAAUACGACCUGGAAAUUAAAUUGCUCUGUUUUGAGAGAGACUGGAAUCAUCCCGUUCUGUAGAAAUUCUGUUCGUGUUGAUGACAAACGAAAGAGUGAUUAAAAAGAUUAAUUGGACGACCUUUUCACACUCAUUUCUCAUGAUAAGAGCGAGAAUAAAUUACAUGCAUUAAAUGCAUAUAGUUUAGGCCAAGUUGAAGAUCUGAUUUCUUAUUUUUCAUCUCGACUGUUUUUGAAAUUUAUUACCUCACUGAUUUUGAAUUUUAUAGAAACUAUUUUGGAGUUGCAUGAUGCCAUCACGUAUGGUGGUAGUCGGGCGUGAUGUCGUAGACAUUGUAACGUAAACGAAAGGACCAUCAGGUUUUGUGAGCAUGAAGUGCUAUCGUACCAUCUGCGGAUCUCUUGUAAUCAAGGUUAAGGCUGAGGGGCUCAUUUGUCCGUUUUGACCUCGCAUAUUCACACCGGAGUAGCUCUUUAUCUCUUCGAACUCCUCCGGGCUCAAAAUCGAGCUAGAGGCUGCCAAUUUUUCCCACCGAAGUAUAAAUGACCGGCUGGUGUAACAGCCUAGAGCACUCCUGUCUGCAGCUUCACUCAAGACAUGUUGUUUCAGUUCGCAUGAGCAGUGUCUAACAUGCUACACAUUGGGUCGUUUCUGGCUGUACUGAGCUUGGUGACAAGCUCACACUCAUCUCAUACUUCAGAAAUCACCAAGACUGCUUGCCAGGGCAAGUGGCUGAAUAUCGACUGUCCUUUAGGGCAGGGCCUCAACAUAAAAUGGGCGAACUACGGGCGGUACCCCGGCCAGCAAGCGUGCGGCUCGUACAGCCGUGAGUGGUGCGUCGCGCCGAACUCUUUGCUAGCCGUGCGGGCCAUGUGUCAGGGCGGGAGCUGGUGCAAGGUCCCGGCGACGAGGAGGUUCUUCGGGCACCGGUGCAGAGGGAACGAUAAAUAUCUUCAAGUGCGAUACACGUGUGACUACCCAUCCAUGAGAACAAAGCUCGUCUGUCAGGAUGAGACGCUGAAUAUCGACUGUAAGAAACACCAUCACAUUGCUCUCGACCAUGCCCUCUUUGGCCGUGUCCAUGGCAACGCAGUCUGUCCAACGGACCCCUACUGGCUGAAGAGUGUGCACUGUGUGUCUGAUUCUGGACUCAAAAUUGUCAAGCAGAGAUGUGAAGGCAAGCGGUGGUGUAAUGUGCGUGCUAGCGCCCACGUCUUCGGUGAUCCUUGCCCGGGGACUCACAAGUAUCUCUUUGUUCGUUACCUAUGUAUAUCAAACCGAGCCUCUAGCAACUCGUCUGGAAGCAACUCAAAGUCUUCAAGUUCCUCUGCUGGGAGUAGUUCCUCCGAUGGGGGCUCGCGCUCUUCUGGCCGAAAAAGUGGUUCCGAGAGCAGUUCCGGCGGCUCAAGUGGCUACUACCAUUGAUAGCCCGAGAGUGGAAAUGAAACGAGACGUCAGGAUUUUUUUAAAAGGAUGGCGGAAUUACUUUCAAACUGGGGCAGCACUUUCAAAUUGGGGCAGCUGUCAAUCAUUAAUAGACC